UUUUCAUAUCGGACUCAGUGGCUGCUUACAUUUUUCUGAAUAGAAACUACACUGCCAUUGUGGAGGGAUGAGUCUCUCCCCUGUGAUUGGCACAGAAGUGCCAGAAACACCUAAUGGGGAUGUGAUAUCCGUCUCUUCAGAGAAUGGCCCUCAUGCUCCAGUCUCAGAAAAGUGUGGUGGUAGCAGAGUUUCCUGUCCUGAGGAGGCAUCAGAGGACGGAGACCUUGUGCAUACAGAGAACCAUGUAGAUGUGGAAAACAGAGUUCACCAUGAUGAAAGUUACUUGGACGCCGGAACAUACAAUAAUGAGAGAACAUCUAGUUUGUCAUCUCACACAUCCCAUGUUACAGAGCCCUCAGAAAACUCAGAAUUAGGUUCCAAAAACACAGACAUUCCUGAGGCCUCUAACUCUGCUGAGACUUCUGAUGCACCUCUGCUGUUGCACUCAGAACAGCAAGCACACUCCAAAGACUCAUCUUUUGAAGCAGGCUUUACCACUAAAUACACACAGCAGGCAGAGGAAGGAAGUGUAGAUGGAGGUGCUGACAGCAGAGAAGAGGAGGAAGAUGGAGAAAAAGAGAAGCAGGAUGAGGAGGAUGAUGAGAAGAAUGAAAAAAAAUGGAUAAGUCAGCGUGCAGGAGGGAGAACAGAGAUGGAGUCUUCACGACACUACUCCUCCUCAGCCCCUGGUCCUAGCACCUCGUCCUCUUCGUCUUCUCCACCUCCUCUUCUCCCAUCAGAUGAUGUCCCCUGCCCUCCACAUGUCAUGGCCCAGGUCUGGGUACGUAACGUCCGGGGGAUGCAGGACAGCAAGAGCCUGGAUGAAAUCAGCCAAGCCUGCGGAGGGGGUUCAGGAGCCCGAGGAGGGGGCAGAGGUGGUCAGUCAGAGGGACGUAGGGCCACCAUCUCAUCGGCCUUGGAGCUUGAGGGGACGGUUAGCCAUGAGGGAGACCUGACAAACUUCAUCACCAAGAACCUGGAGCAGAAAAUCAAGAUGAGCUCCAAGCCCAGUCUGGACUGCAGUGACUCGGACUGCUCAGGUCCCAUCUACAGAAGCCGGGGGCUGACGCGAAGACCAGCAGAUAUCCCUCCCAUUGAUCCUGCCGUCUUACUGGAUCUUCAGAAACACGCCCAGGAAGUGGCUCAGAGUGUGGAGAUGAUGAUGCGAAGCCUCAAUGGAACCAUCCAGAAUAUGACAGCUCUGAGUGUGGGUUACAUCCAGACCUACAGAGACUCCGUUGACAGCCUGGGAGAGUCUGUGGACAUGAGUAUAAAGGGUAUGUACACACUGAUGGCCCGCUGCGAGGAGCUGGAUCGGUCCAUGCAGCCCAUACACACCUUGGCUGCACAGAUUCGUGACAUCAAACGCACUCUGGACGCUUUGGAGGCGAUCUGCAAAUAAUUACUUGUCUGGUACAAGUAAACAUCCCAGGUGCAAAAGACCAAUCAUCAAGCAGAUCUUGAAUAAGAUCGUCUUCAAGUCAGCCACCUUCCUGCAGGUAGCACACACACAGUGCAGUGAAGAAUCAGUGCACCUCUGGAUCCCUGGAACCUUAGCUACUAGGCAUGCUGGAUGAUUGCGCUCUCUGUCCCUCUGCUUGCUCAUCCUCUGACGAUGACCACGUUUGUGUCGUGAGAUUUCAGUUGUGUUGGGCUUUGAUUUGCUCUUGGGGCUGAGCUUUCUCUUCUUCAUUUUGUAUGAAACAACUUCUCUUCCUCAAACAAAGGCAACAUGAAACUCACAGAUUAAAUGACACUCUGUCAGUGCCCUGAACACACACACAGAUGCAAACAGAUCCCUGAGGAUGCUUGAGUAGAAACCUUUUUUGUCAAUUUGACAGUCCAAGGUGAAUUGGUGCAUCAUUAUCCGUCCAGCCCAUUUGGUUCAGAUUGCACUAACCUUUCCUUCCCAUGUGGGGGCGACGUUGUUCUUUUGUCUGGCUGAUGGAGCAGCCAGUAUGAACUGCUCAGAAGACAGUGACUUUUGCACAGGAACAGAAAGUCUAUUUUUUAAUCUUAUGCAACAAAGAUCAGAUUUCUUCACCACAGGAUAAAUGAGGGGAGGGGAGGAUCAUGUGUGUCUAUCGUUCGUCUUUUUCUUAUGUUUAUUUAUUCAUUUUCUCAGCAUGCUCACAUUUUCAAUUAUACUGCUACUUGGUGUCACGCGAGACUGAUCAGUAUAGCAGGAUUUUUCUUCUGGCAGUCUCUGAACAGCUUCACUGGAACAUUUGAUAUCAAAUAAUGAAUGAAGGUAGAUGAAAGUUGUGAGAAGGUAUCACUGUUUUUACUCUGAUUCUCUCAAAUGCAUGUCUGCUUCUCCACCAGUCACUUGGAAUUUAGCCUUAAAAUGUCACUGUCACAUUGCAGUCCAACAUGUUCGACUUUUUAAUGUAUUUAAAUAUGAAACCAUUUGCCAUUAUUUAACCAGGUUGGAGACAUUUGAUGAAAUCUGAAGCUACAGAAGAUCUUUUAAUUGCUCCGAAUGUCAGUAAUUGGAUUGGGUUGUUUCAGUUUUGAUUCGGCCACUUUGAAGGAAUGUGAUAUGUAUUACAAACGGUCAGACUCAAAUCCUUCUGAUUUGAUGAAAAUUUUCUCAUCCAAGGAGAAAUUAAACUGGUAGUUAAUCUUUAGCUAUUGAUGAAUCAGGAUUUGGCUGUAACAUUUGCUUCUAUCAGAAGGUGGAUUCUUCUCUCCUGAACAAAGUAUUACUUUAUUUGACUAGGACAACAUUCAUACUUAUAUCUUGGAAGUAAAUUAGAUUCAAAUCAGUCAAAGUCUGUCUCAGAUUGUGCCAGAUUGUGUCACAGACAAAUGACAGUCAAUAGUAUCACAGCGGUGCAGAAUGUCCUUCCUUGUCUUUUCCCUCCAUAUUGAAGCUGGACACUUUUCUUUUUUACCAAAGAUGAAUUAAAUCUGGGGAACACUGCUGUAGGAUUUGGUACACGGCCUUCGGAUAGAGAAUAACUUGGACUCUUACUGCAUUAAACUGAGUUAUUUCUUAAUCCACUCAAUAAUAAAACCACUGACCGACAACAGCAACACUUGGCUUUGUCUUGGCCAAGCUUAACUCAGUUGCUCUCUUGGAGUGUUAUACUGAGAGUACAUGAAGAGACUAUGGUACUUCUGUCAUUGCACUGGUGGGUAGCCUUGUGGUAGAUCCUUGUAUUUGUACUACAUUGUCUUACUGUUGCUAUCAUCACUAGUAUGUGCACCUUUAUCUGAUGUUGGGAAAUAUGUAAUUUGACCUCAGUAGUGUUGGUGUUGUGAUAACUUCGUCCAACUGAACAAUUUAUUCUCAUCCAACACUCUUAAUGAAACAUAAUCAAACAAACUAAUGAAGCUGAUGUUGGAAUAUUAAAUCUACAAAAUGCUGUCAGAGCAACACUGCAAAUAUACAGCAACACAUUUUAA